UAUAUAUAUCAGUGCUAGAGGGACUCUAGCCGAAACAAGUGGAGUAUGUUUCGUAGCCCACUUGAAGAGCAUUACCUUCGGUCUCCUUUACUCUAGCCUCCAUGACUGAAAGCUUAUAUCGAAACACGCCGUGAGUCUGACUAUAACUGUUUGUUAUAAAAUAUCAUUUUCCAUUACAAUAUAAACAUGGGUGAUGCCCAAGAAAUUAAUAUUAAACAAAAUAUGGAUAAAGAUACGCGUAAGGAAUCAAGUGAGGAUGACCAUAAUUCUGAAAUUAAAACACUUAUCUCCACAAGAAAUAAAACAAAAUAUAAUGCAGUGUUUCAAGGACCUUUACAAAAAAAACGAAAAAAUGAAUACAAUCCUGAAGAGGAGGCGAGGCUGGAAAGGCUAGUUUUUGGAGAUGCUAAUGAUAUAAUAAGUAACUUAUUGGAUGAAAAAGAAUCAAAAGAUUCACAAAACAUCUUAUUGAAAAAUGAUGCAUUUGAGGAUGAGUCUGACAAUGGCAGCAUUUUAUCAGAAGAAUCAGGAGAUGAUGAAUGUACAGAUGUGAAAAAAGAAGUUGCAUGGAUAGAUGAAGAUGAUGAACAAUAUUCGUUAGAUACUGGUUUACGUGCACAGAAACGUAAAUUGCCAGAAGGUAGAUCAGAAACAAAAUUUACUGAAUUAUUGCAAAAUAAAUAUAAAGAAAUUGUUGGAACUCCCAAAUGGGCUCAAUUAAAUAAAGACAAUGAAACAAACUCAGAUGAUUCUGCUGAUAUUUUAAAUCACACUAAUCACCUAGCAGUGGUAAAAGUAAAGAAGUUAACCAAGGGAAAGAUUGAUAUAAAACUUCUUACUGAUAUUAAUAAAGAAACUGGAAAUGAAGGUCCUCUUGUUACAAGUGUACAGUUUCAUCCUAAUUCUACAGUUGCAUUGGUUGCUGGCUUAUCCGGAGUAUUAUCGAUAUUUCAGGUUGAUGGCUGUGAAAAUAAAAAGUUGCACAGUAUGAAAUUUUCAAAGUUUCCCAUUGACAGAGCAAGAUUUACACAAGAUGGUUCUGAGAUCAUAGUAGGCUCCCGAAGACAUGCCUUUUGUCAUACAUAUGACUUGAUUACUGGAACAACUAUAAGAACACCACUGGCACAUACAAUGACGAAUAUGAAGAAAUUUGAGAUUUCGCCCGAUGGUAAAUUCAUUGCUGUAUGUGGAAGAAUGGGUCAAAUACAUUUACUAUCUUCUCGGAGUAAAGAACUAGUGCAUACAUGGAAGAUGAAUGAAAAUUGCAAUGCUCUUGCCUUUACACCUGAUAGCCGACAGCUGUUCAGUCACGGUGAUGGUGGCGAAAUGUACGUAUGGGACAUUGAUAGACGUAUGUGCAUACAUCGCGCAGUAGACGACGGCUGUCUCUCCGGUUCGGCGAUCGCCAUCUCACCAAGUGGGCAACUUCUCGCUGCUGGAAGUCGUCAAGGCGUUGUGAAUCUCUAUGAUACUAAAACGCUUUUGCAAAAAAAAGUACCUGUUCCAAUGAAAAUAAUUUUGAAUCUGGACACUUCAAUUAGUUGUCUAGCAUUCAAUCCAACUUCGGAAAUACUUGCAUUCGCGUCCGAGGACAAAGAAAAUGCGUUUAAAAUGAUGCACAUUCAAUCGACUACAAUUUUUUCAAAUUUUCCUACAUUUAAUACAAAAAUUUCUAAGCCUUUGGCUCUGGAAUUUUCCCCAGGCAGCGGCUAUUUGGGAAUUUCCAAUAAUAGAGGUAAUGCAUUUUUGUGUAGACUUAAACACUACGGAAAUUAUUAAGUUAAAUCUUCUACAGUCAAUAAACAAUAUGAAUACAAGUUCGUUGUAUAACAUUUUUUGUAUUUCCAAACUCUAUAAUGUAUGCCAAAUACUUCUUGUUUUAUGAUUUUUGCGUUUAAUCAAAAAAUUGUAAUACUUUCAUCACAUGAUAGGAAAUACUGUCCAAAAGCUUAAACGGGUUCAUUAAACAAUUCUGCAU